AUGAGCAAAAAAUAUGUUUAUUGGGAAAAACAAGGUAAUGACCGUAUGUGCGGCCUUCAUUGCAUAAAUAGUAUUCUUCAAGGCCCAUAUUAUAGUGAAGAUACAUUAGCAGAAAUAGGAAGAGAACUCGAUGAUAAAGAAAAAGAAUUUUUUAAAUGUUCUAAUGAAUUAGUAAGAAAUAACUCAUCGAAUGUAUUAGAAGAUGGUUUUAUAAAUAUUUCCGUUUUAAUAGAAUGCUUAAAAAGGAAAAAUAUAUUAUUAAAGAAUGUUUUAGAAGAAGAUUUGAUUAAAAUAAUUUCUAGUAAUCACCAAGAUAUUGGUUAUAUAUGUAAUUUAGAACAGCAUUGGUUUAGCAUACGUAAGAUUUAUAAUACAUGGUAUGUAUUAGACAGUUUAAAAAGUGCUCCUUUAUUUAUUAAAGACAUGAAUUUAAAGUUUUAUUUUAAUGAUGUUAUUAAAAAAUAUCAUAUAUUUUCCGUUCAAAAUAUAAAUCCAUAUAUAUCUUUACCAAAGCCAGAUAUAAAUUUUGAAGCAAAAAAUCCAAAUCAAUUUUAUAUACCUACAAGUGAGAUAUCCGAAAUAUCUUUUAUAUCUGAUGGCUUUAUAUCAGAGGAUAAAUUUCAUAUGAACAGAUCAGAAAAAAAUUCUUCGUUUUCACACUUAAAUAAAAGUCAAAAAUUUAGGUGGCCAGAAAAUGGAGGAAAAAAAUUAAAUGACGAAAUAAAUGUAAUUAAUUCUAAUAACAUGGAAGAAGAUGAUGAUUUAAAAAUAGCUUUAAAAUUGUCCAUGGAAGAAUAUUUUAAGAAUUUGCCACCUCCACUUGAAGAAACUUCCGAUGAAAAUUGUAUCAAUAUUAUGGUUAAAUUGUCCAAUAAAAAAAUUCAGAAGAAAUUCAGUGUUACAAAAACUUUAGGAGAUAUCUUUUAUUGGAUAGAAUAUGAAUCCGCAAAAAAUCAAGACAUUUGUUCUUCUUUACUCUUUAGAAGUAAUUAUUAUCUUUUUCAAAUUUACCCAAGAAGAAAAUUUAGAAAGUACCAAAAUGGUUCAAUAGAAUUACAAUUGGGAGAUAAAAUAGAAAUGGUUAAUGACAAAACUUUGAAAGAUUUGAAUUUUGAAAAAGAAGAAACAUUUAUGAUAUCCUAA